AUGUCAAAUCAACUACUUCAAGAGCUGCAUCGAAGUCUAUCAGUUCCAAUCAUACACUACUCGAAUUUAUGGAGUCCACCGCGUAACAUUAACCCCUAUAAGCAUGGUAAAGUUGUAUUAGCGAAAUUUAAACGCAAUUUCUUAUUGAUUGCAAUAAUCGAUGAAGUAGCAGCAAGGGACGCUCUUUCGAAGCAGAUUUUCGCGUUAACGUAUCGUAAUCCAAUUGCUAAGGUCAUAUUUUUUUUAGCUGAAAACACAACAAUAGAAACGACUGCUUUCCAAGCACUUAUCCGUAAGUGCUUCGAUUCGGACGUGGUAGAUGUCGUAUUUUUCCAGAACCAGGAUCCACCGAAAAUGUUCACAUAUCAUCCUUUCAAUGACCUUCAAAUAAUAAAAUUAAGAAAAGUAUCUGAUUUUUUCGCAGAUCGCCUAAUGAACCUCAACAACUACCCACUUAAGGUAAUCAUAUCCGAUGCACCACCGAGGGUAAUGAAAUCCCAUGAUGGAAAAAAAGUUAUCGGGUAUGCAUCACAUAUGAUAGAAUCCUACGUCCACAAACGUAACGCAUCUAUUGAAGUUAUACCUUCUAGAGAAGAGUUGUCUGGAUAUGAAAAUGUUCAGGAUAAUCUUGUAACAAGACACAUGGAUCUAUUCUGGGGACUUUUGCCGAUAUAUCAUUAUGAAAUCGGAGAACCGUCAUAUCCACUCCUAUAUGAUAAAUUCUGUGCUAUGGUUCCAGCUCCGAAAGUUAUCCCUAUUUAUCGAAAUUUCCUUCUACCAUUCGAAGAAAACGUAUGGAUUGCAAUUAUUUGUGGAACUUUCUAUCUGACUAUCGUGGCUUACAUUGUCGGGGCUAUCGUCAAUGGAAGAAAAGAUCUAUCCGCGGCACUAAUCACCUCCAUUUGUUUUAUCAUCGCCAGGGGUGAAGUUGGUAUUUUUUCUAAUUUAAACCGCCGACUCUUCGUCAUAUAUGUACUCCUUUUCUUAUUGGGAUUCAUGCUAUCAAACAUGUACUGCGCCUUCCUUACAACAUUUUUAACCACCCCUUCCUAUGAAAGUGAACUUAGAACACUCGACGACAUAGCUGCCGCAGGUUUGAAGAUCGUAGGACAGCACAUAGAAGUAGAAUAUCUUGCCAAGCGAGAUAUCUACAAAGAAUAUCAUCCGUUUCUAGAAGGAUUGUCGAUAAUGGAGAUUGGAAAAGUAAAAAGAACAGGAAACAAUACAAAUGCCGUUUUAAUGACUUCUGACAGUUUUAUUUUUUUUAAUGAAAUACAAAAAUAUCAAAACGACAUCAAAUUCCAAAUAACAGAUAUCUGCCCCCUUGAAUUAUAUCUAUCUGUCCUUUUGAAAGAUGAAUCAAUCUUAAUUGAAAACUUCAACAGCCACGUUUUGCUAGUGCAACAAUCAGGACUUUUAAGCUACUGGAAAACGAAUACAUUGUUUGAAGCAUCACAAUCAGGCUACGUAGAUCUGAAAAAGGAGAACAAGGAAUUCGGACCAAUACAACUAACACUAAUCCAUUUACAAAUUGCUUUUUAUAUAUUACUAUCUGGGCUGGCUAUUUCGCUGGCAGCUUUCAUUGCUGAACAUUUAUAUUAUUAUCUUAUUAAGUUAACGCAAGACUAG